AUGGCAGACUCCAGCGAGUUUGAUUGUCUGGAUCCAAUACUCACUCUGUCAAUGAUUCCAAGCAAGCUUGACCUUGACCAAAAUGGCUACUGGAGCAUUGAUGAAGCUGCAAGUCUCGGACGCACACUGAAGGAUAAGGGCAGUCAGAUGACAAACUUUUCAGCUGUGCUGAUUCGGAUGGCCAAGUACGACUUCAAGAAUCGGAUUGGCUCAAAGAGUGCGUUUAAGCAGAUGCAGCAUGUGGAUAUGGAUUUCUUCAAGCACUUCCGUGGCAACAUUGAAAUGUGCCUGCCCAUCGAUCCCAACCUAUGUGGAAAUCUGGAGGCUCGAGGUCGUUUGUCCGGCAUCCUUCCGGAAAUGGAUGCCGAAGAGCGGGUCCAGGCAUGUCGAGACAACUUCGAUUCAUUCUGUAAAAGAUUAUACGGGGAAGACUAUGAGUGGAUUCAUCAUGCAAGCUCUCAAUACUGUGGCGAGUCCACCCUGGAGCGAAAGGACAGUGUCAAUGUCGUCACCUACGACGCGGUUUCCAUCUACAAGGGGCAGCCAGAUUCCAUCGUGGGGACAACCUUUAUGUCCUUCCUGGUUUUGCUGCUCUUCAUUUGGGGUAUGCUAUUGAUCGAGGAAUUUCGAGCCAUCUACAAUUUGAUGUAUGUCAUAUGGUAUGUCCCAAGCAUCGAGGAUUCCAACGCCACCUUUGCAUCCAUUGACGAUGGCAAAUUAUUCGUGCGGAGGCUGCCCAAAGUGCACAAAUUCUUCGCCAUUUUUUGCAUCGGACUUCCCCGGCUGGUGAUUGCUGGAGUGAUUCUGGUAGUCGGAGCUUUCUUCCUCACGGCCACCAACAAUUUGCAGGAUUUGGUGUUGAACAGUACGGCCCUGUGCUUUCUGAUAGAAGUGGACAACAUGAUCCAUGCAGCAUUCCUGGGGGAAGCCUUCCAGAAACGGGUGACGGACAAUUGCGAUGUCAUCCAAGUCGAAACAUCUGCACGGGGCGCUUGGCAGUCCUAUGUCUUUUUGGCUGUGGUAUUGGCAACUACAGCAGGCUGGACUGCCUGGUCGUACUUCCAUCCCAGGGGGUUGCUGGCCAUCGGAAUGGGCGUCGAAUGUCUCUGCCACUUUGACGGCAACUGCUUUGGCAAGACCUUGCUGCAGACGGGAACUACCUGCUCUGAAACCCGGCUACCGGAUCAGCCACGCCUUUGUGCCAUUCUGCUCAGCCGGUUGCGGGUGGUUGAUCCCAUUGUGAAAAAUCAUCGAAACCUGACAAGUGCAACGCUGCGAUGUCGGGAAGGAGAUUUCUAUUCGAAGGCAAUUUUGUUUUUUCCAAGCCAGAGAGUCAGCGUUGUACUUUCUCCAGCCAAAGCAAUGGCCAACCCAGCUUUGACCGACGAUGCCGUGAGCCCAGGCGCAGUUGCUUGGGUCUUGACCUCAACCGCAUUCGUGUUCUUGAUGACGGCAGGGCUUGGCUUCUUCUAUGGUGGCCUGGUGCGUGACACCAACAUCAUCAACACCAUGAUGAUGAGCGUGGUCUCCAUGGGAAUCGUCACAUUGACUUGGAUGGUGUUUGGCUUUUCAUGGGCCUUCGGUGACAAUGGUUCCACCGGAUUCAGCAUGUUCGUUGGCAACUUUGACUACAGUCUGUGGAUGGGUCUGGACAUGAAGAUGUGGGGCGACUCUGGUCUUCCAGGUCUUGUGUUCGCUGCCUUCCAGAUGACCUUUGCCAUCAUUUCUUCUGCAAUCAUUUCCGGCUCGUUGGUGGAGCGUAUGCGUUUCAGUGCUUACUGCAUCAUGCUUGCUCUGUGGUCCCUUCUGAUCUACGCACCUUUGUGCCACUGGGUUUGGGGCCCUGGCGGCUGGAUUGGUGAGAUGGGAGCUCUGGACUUCGCCGGUGGAACUGUGGUUCACAUCAGCUCCGGUGUGUCCGGCCUUGUUGCCGGUGGCAUCCUUGGACCACGCAGGCACGUGGAGAAGGAUUUGGGCCCUGCCAACGUCCCUUUCGUGAUCUUGGGUGGCUGCCUCCUUUGGUUCGGCUGGUUGGGAUUCAACGGCGGUUCUGCUCUGUCCGUCACAGAUGGAGUGGCAGCCCGUGCGGUGGCCACCACUUUUGUGGCUUCAGCCUCAUCCAUGCUGACAUGGCUGGCCUUUGAGCGAGUCUUGAAGGGCAAGGCUACCAGUGUCGGUGCAUCUGUUGGUGCUGUUGCAGGUUUGGUGUGCAUCACACCUGCAGCCGGAUUUGUGACACCCGGCUGGAGCAUUGCCAUCGGUGCCUUGAGAGCUCCUUGGUGUUUCGCCACUGUGGAGCUGAUGAAUCGGAUCAACUUGGUGGAUGACACUCUUGAUGCGUUCGGCCUGCAUGGUUCGGGUGGCAUCGCAGGUGCCAUCUUGACCGGCAUUUUUGCAGUGGAAGAUGGCCUCCUCUACAGCGGUAGCUUUGAGCUGCUGGGCAAGCAGAUUGCCGGUGCCAUGGCUGGCGUAGCUUUCUCUGCUGUGGGCACUGCCAUCAUUGUCGGAGUCAUGAAGCUGCUGCUGAAGCUGCGCAUUCCAGAGGACCAAGAGGCUGGUGGUGUUGAUCAGCACACUCACGGUGAGAGCUACCACAGCCCCGUGAAGCAGUACCCCAAGGCUUCAGACAUGUCCGAGCAAACCUCUGACACCGUCUGAAGUCACUCCACUUGUCAAUUUUCGCUUCCUUAACCACUCUGGCUGAAUUCGUGCCUGUUCACAAGGAUGAACAGAGUUCCGAUUUGCGUGUUCCUGCAUAGAUAGAGCAUUUCUGCAUCCUAUCCUGUCCUAUCUACACUAGGACUGCAGAGAAGCUCUCAGCACUGGCGCUUAGCCAACUGCUUCAUUGCAAAACGAGGUUUCUCCAUACAGGUUCCCUUGCAACUAUUUGGAACAAUUUUGGAACACAUAUCAGGGUCAAAUUUGGCACCCGAGAGACCUCUUAUAGAGAUUCCUGAGGACGUUUGGAGAGCGUCCGGCCGGUUGGAGACCGUUUGCCAGGCACAACUCAUGAGCCACGCUCGACGCGACUAGCCAAGAAGAGCUCUGUCGCCAAAGAAUGCCAAAGAUCAGAUCGCACAAAUUG